GGGAGUGGGGAAUCCGUUUUCCUUCCUGCGGUGGAUUACCUCACCGUAUCGGUUGGUGUAUCCUAAUCCAACACGCCAUUCGUUACGUGUGGCUCCUAAAAUUCUCAUCGGAAUUUUCUCCAGGGGCAGUUUCGUCCCAACACCACCAAUCCCCGCCUUUAAAUUGAGGCCUCCUCUUGCCCUAAUUCCAUUGCAAUUGCUCUCUCUGAUUUCUCAUCUGUCUCUCAUAAUCCGAUUGCUUCAAUUCUUCUCACUUCUCUCUCAAGAUGCAGAUCUUCGUGAAAACUCUGACCGGCAAGACCAUCACCCUCGAGGUGGAAAGCUCCGACACCAUCGACAACGUCAAGGCUAAGAUCCAAGACAAGGAGGGUAUCCCUCCGGAUCAGCAGAGGCUCAUCUUCGCUGGGAAGCAGCUCGAGGAUGGACGUACCCUGGCUGAUUACAACAUCCAGAAGGAGUCAACCCUCCAUUUGGUGCUCCGUCUAAGGGGUGGGAUGCAGAUCUUCGUUAAGACCUUGACCGGCAAGACCAUCACCUUGGAGGUGGAAAGCUCAGACACCAUUGACAACGUCAAGGCCAAGAUCCAGGACAAGGAGGGAAUCCCCCCAGACCAGCAGAGGCUCAUCUUCGCCGGCAAACAGCUCGAGGACGGCCGAACCCUUGCGGACUACAAUAUCCAGAAGGAAUCGACCCUUCACUUGGUGCUGCGUCUCCGUGGUGGGAUGCAAAUCUUUGUGAAGACUUUGACCGGGAAGACAAUCACUUUGGAGGUGGAGAGCUCCGACACCAUUGACAACGUCAAGGCCAAAAUUCAGGACAAGGAGGGGAUCCCUCCGGAUCAGCAGAGGCUUAUCUUUGCCGGAAAGCAGCUCGAGGACGGCCGUACCUUGGCCGACUAUAAUAUUCAGAAGGAGUCCACCCUUCACUUGGUCCUCCGCCUCCGUGGUGGGAUGCAGAUUUUCGUGAAGACUUUGACCGGAAAGACCAUCACCUUGGAGGUGGAGAGCUCUGACACCAUUGACAACGUGAAGGCCAAGAUCCAGGACAAGGAGGGAAUCCCUCCGGACCAGCAGAGGCUCAUCUUCGCCGGCAAACAGCUCGAGGAUGGCCGCACCCUCGCGGAUUACAACAUCCAGAAGGAGUCCACACUCCACUUGGUGCUGCGUCUCAGGGGAGGCAUGCAGAUCUUUGUCAAGACCUUGACUGGGAAGACCAUCACUCUGGAGGUGGAGAGCUCCGACACUAUUGACAAUGUGAAGGCCAAGAUCCAGGACAAGGAGGGUAUCCCCCCGGAUCAGCAGAGGUUGAUCUUUGCUGGGAAGCAGCUUGAGGAUGGAAGGACUUUGGCUGACUACAACAUUCAGAAGGAGUCCACCCUGCAUCUAGUCCUCCGUCUCCGUGGUGGGUUUUGAGCUGUGUCCGGUGGUGCUUUAAUUAAGUUUGUAAUAUCUGUGUCUUGUGCGGUGGUUGGUUUGUGGGUAUGAGGAGUCGUAUGGGGUUUGUGAUUGUAUGGACAAUCUGUUUUCUUUUCUUUUCGUUUCUGUGUUUGGGUACUAUGGCGGCGUGCUAUGGCGGCGUGUGAUCUUAGAGGCCAAUGGCCAUAAGAUCUUGUUGGGUCUGGAACAUCGAAUAAAAAUUUAGUUUUUAAUA